AUGGCUCGUGUUGAUGGAAGGAUAGUCAAAAAGAUUUUGGUUGACGGGGGAGCUGUUGUCAAUUUCAUGCGUGAAAAAAUGAUGGAAAGAAUUGGGAAGACUGAAAGAGAUUUGAUCAAAAGUAGCAUUGGGGUGACAAAUUUUAAUGGAAAGACUUCUUUUGUUAGAAGUGUGGUUCUGUUGUCAAUUGACGUUGGUUCUGUCAAUAGGCCAACUCUAUUUGUUGUUGUUCCAUCUAAAGCUGGUUUUAACUUGCUUUUGGAACGUGAUUGGAUUCAUGGAAUAAUGGGUGCUAUUCCAUCCACUCUACAUCAAAAAUUAAUUUUCUGGAAUAAAGAUGGAGGAGUGGAAGAAGUUCUUGCUGACAAUAGUACUUGUUACUAUGAUGAGAUGCAUGUGGAGUUCAGGAUAUAUAAUCCGGGAGUCUAG